UGUAAACCAAGACAUUUCCUUGACGCAGACAACGUGGAUGAAAUAGAAGCCAUACUUUCAGAUCAUAAAAGCUAUUCCUUACAUGAAUAUAUUGAUGGUGAUGAGCUACUCUGGCCUAUUAUAGAUUUUGAUUUGCCAGUAGAAACAUUAGAUGCUAUUACCCCCAAGCUAUCAGACAAACAG